AUGUCCCUUGCUUCAGGCCCUGGCCCUGGGUGGUUACUCUUUUCCUUUGGAAUGGGACUGGUCUCGGGGUCAAAGUGUCCAAAUAAUUGUCAGUGUCAAGCCCAGGAAGUGAUCUGCACAGGGAUCCAGUUAGCCGAGUACCCCCCUGAUGUACCCCUGAGCACCCGGAGGCUAUACUUGAAUGAUAACCGCAUCACGUUUUUGCCAGCGAUGAAUCUAGGACUCCUCAGUGACCUUGUUUACUUGGACUGUCGGAAUAACCUGAUUCGUGAGGUGAUGGAUUAUACCUUCAUCGGGGUCUUCAAACUCAUCUACCUUGAUCUCAGCUCCAACAACCUAACCUUGAUCUCCCCAUACAGUUUCUCCGUGCUCAGCAACCUGGUGCAGCUGAACAUCUCCAACAACCCUCACCUGUUCUCUCUGAACAAGUACACCUUUGCCAACACCAGCUCUCUGAGGUACCUGGACCUCAGAAACACCGGCCUGCAGAUCCUGGACAACGCUGCCUUCCAACACCUCAUAACACUACAGACCCUGUAUCUGAGUGGAAACCCAUGGAAAUGCAACUGCUCCUUCCUAGACUUCACCAUCUACUUAAUAGUGUCCCAUCUGAACCAUCCAGAUGAUCAAAACGCCACGUGCGUGGAGCCCGCGGAGUUGGCGGGGUGGCCCAUCACGCAGGUGGGGAACCCGCUCCGGUACAUGUGCAUCACUCACCUGGACCGCCAGGACUACAUCUUCCUGCUGCUCAUCGGCUUCUGCAUCUUCUCCGCGGGCACUGUGGCCGCCUGGCUCACGGGCAUGUGCGCAGUGCUCUACGAGAACGCCCGGCGCAAGGCGAGCGAGGACGAUGCCGAGGAGGAGCACGGGCAGAGGGUGGACGGCAGCGGGCGCAUCUUCCAAAGCAGGGUGGCCUCAGGCCAGGACGGGUUCCCUCAGCUGAUUUAG